AUAACUGUACGUGAUAUUUACACUUGAAUGUUAAAUGAAUGGUCUGUUUAUGGUCUAAUUACUCUUAAAAUAUGAGCGUCGAUAGUGAAAAUAAAUCAAACGAAGCUAUAGUUCCAUUUACACCGUCGAUAGACCAAGAAAAUACUGAUAAUGGAAAUAUUGAAAGAACCCCUGUAACCCCAGAAAUGGUGCUGCGUUUAUCUACAAUUACCGAUAAAUAUUUAUGUUCUCCAGAAGCAAAUAUUUAUAACAUUGAUUUUACAAGAUUUCAAAUUAGAGAUCUAGAAACAGGAGCAAUAUUGUUUGAAAUAACCAAACCACCUGCUAUUGAAGGUGAUUCUGCUCAAGAUGUUGAACCAGAUUGCGAAGAAUCUGGUUGCGAGGAUGCAAAUACUGGCCGUUGUGUACGAUAUCAAUUUACACCUCAAUUUCUUAAGCUGAAGACUGUUGGAGCAACAUUAGAAUUUCUCGUGGGUUCCAAGCCAGUAAAUAAUUUUCGUAUGAUUGAACGUUACUUCUUUCGAGACAGGUUGCUAAAAACCUUUGAUUUUCAAUUUGGGUUUUGUAUACCGAACAGCAAGAAUACUUGUGAACAUAUUUACGAGUUUCCUACCUUGCCUGCUGAUCUGGUUUCUGAAAUGAUUGCAAACCCAUUUGAAACACGCUCAGAUUCAUUUUAUUUUGUGGACAAUCAAUUGGUAAUGCACAAUAAAGCAGACUAUGCAUACAAUGGUGGACAUACACAUGAUGUACUUUAGUAUGCGAUUUGUCGAAUAGAACAUGAACAGAAAUUAGAAAGGAAUUUGCACUUUGCAAAGAUCAUUGUGAUAAUUGUAAC